ACGUCAGCAACCUAUUGUUCCAUAACAAUCGCUCCAUUCCAGAGUUAGUUGGUGUUCUAAAACUUCAAAAUCCCGAACUUUAAUAUUAUUACGUCACAAUAUGACUUAUCAACCACAAGCCCCUCCCGCAUACGGCCACCAGCCAGUAUACAACCAACAACCGAUGCCGAUGCAACAACCGAUGCCGAUGCAACAACCUGUUAUCAACGUUGUACAACAACAACAACAGCAACAACAACAACAACCGUCGGUGGUUGUGGUCGGUGGGCAGGGUGGUGGACUGGGGUGUCGUAGAUGCGGAGCUACUGGCCUCUCUGAUUCGUUCACAUGUUGUGGGAUUUGUUUGGCGAUCUUCUUCUUCCCAAUUGGUCUCAUAUGUUGUUUCUGCAUGAGAGAGAAGAAAUGCUCAGGGUGCGGAGCCCCUUACUAAUCCAGGAACGCGAAUGACUUGAUCUGAAAUCAAACAUUUGACUUACAAUAACUAUGUUGCUGUAUUGGAUUUAUCAAUGUAAAUAAACUAUAAUUAACCAGCAGA